AAUGGCUUCUUAUGCUUCAUCAUCAAACUCUGGAACGAUUGACGAGAAAUGUCAUACAUUAUUCGAUGGCGUUAGGAAGAUUAAUCAACUUUCUGAGGCUCUUGUUGCUCAAAAUGCUUAUUUAAUUAAGCGUGUUCAAGACUUGGAGGAGCGUUUACAACAAGAACUUGACCACAAGAAGCGUUUGCAUCAAGAGCUUGAAAUUAGUCGUUGGGCAACACAUCGUGAAUAA